AGGAGGCAGUCGGCGGCGCUUCUGCGAGUGAGCGAGAGCGGUACUGCUGGCCAGUGGAGGGCGAGGCUGAAGCCCGGUGUUCUAUGCUUCCCUCUCCUUGGGAUUCCUUUAAGGAAGGCGGGGGAACAGCGUGCUGCCUUUUCUCCCCGCCUUGCGCAUCGGUUCCCCAAAUAGAGGCUCUUCAUUCCCCAUCGCCGGUUCCCCUACGUGGGCUGAGCGCACCUUCCGCACACGGCGGCCCCGCUGCGGCUCCCUGACUCAGUGCAAUCCCGUACUAGUCCUAGUCCCUGCCCUGUCGCCCCGCCGGAACGGUGAUCGCCAGCCCCACCGUUCUUCCGCUGCCAUCGCUGCCGGCACGAUGGGCAGUGAGCAGAGCUCCGAGGCCGAGAGCCGACCCAACGAUCUGAACUCCUCAGUGACUCCUUCUCCAGCUAAGCAUAGAGCCAAGAUGGAUGACAUCGUGGUUGUAGCUCAGGGCUCCCAGGCCUCACGGAAUGUCAGCAAUGAUCCUGAUGUCAUCAAAUUGCAAGAGAUUCCAACCUUCCAACCACUUUUGAAAGGGCUAUUGAGUGGCCAGACUUCCCCAACCAACACCAAACUGGAGAAACUGGAUUCUCAGCAGGUGUUACAGCUCUGCCUCCGAUAUCAGGAUCACCUCCACCAGUGUGCGGAGGCCGUUGCUUUUGAUCAGAAUGCUUUGGUUAAACGAAUCAAAGAGAUAGAUCUGUCUGUAGAAACUCUCUUCAGCUUCAUGCAAGAGCGCCAGAAAAGAUAUGCCAAAUACGCCGAGCAGAUCCAGAAAGUCAACGAGAUGUCCGCCAUCCUCCGCCGCAUACAGAUGGGCAUCGACCAGACCGUGCCCCUGAUGGAGAGGCUCAACAGCAUGCUGCCGGAGGCCGAGCGGCUGGAGCCCUUCAGCAUGAAGCCAGACCGGGAGCUCAAGCUGUAGAAGCAUUUCUCCCUUCCUGCCCAGCGGGUGGCCGGUGGGAACAGAGCCUGGCACCACCGAUACCCUGAGGACACUUGGAAACAAAGUCAUACGAUGUGGCCAGGGCUCGGAGCUGGCUGAAGGGGAGGCAAAGCAGCCCCGCUGGCUCAGAAACCUGACUCUGCCCUUCCAACCCCUUUCCUUGAUGCGGUUCCCUUUGCAAAGUGAACCCAAGCCAUCCUCGGUGUUACUGAAAGUUGGAACAGUUUUAUUAGGAAUUCUUUACAGAACUCUGCAUUGGGAAUUAUUUUUGUUUAGUUUUUUUUUGUAAUUGAGAGUGUAUAUUAUCUAGUCUGGUGUGUAGAGUGGAAAUCUGGAGAGAAGGGGAGAAAUAUUUUAAGAAGCCUCCAUGAACUUUUACUCACGAGGCUCGCUGGGUUACGGGCUGUACACAUAAAGAAGUGAUUUAACCCAAGUCCGUGUGUUGUUACUGUCCCUGCCCUGUUUCCGCCCUAGCAGGCCUUUGUCCAAGGCACCCUCAUUCCAUGCUGGUGAAAUGCUGGUGUUCCUGUUUGUCAGUUUGUGGUGUCCCUCGUGUGUCCUCAUUCGCAAACUGGUGACUCCCUCUGCACACCCUCAGCGGUUCAUCUUCCCCACUGAUAACUAGUUUCCUUGGGGCAUAGUGUAGGUUUCCUUUUACUACAUCAGCCCUGGCCUGGCAAACCUGUGGUGCGGCCAGGCCUUGACAGGGCACCUGAGAGCACUCGCUCAGCAGGUGCUUACGGAGCCCAUCUGAUGUACUGGGGACACAGAAGUGGCUGCAGGGUCCCUGCCCUGCUUCUCUGAAGACAGUGAACUCAAAAUGCUGCUGAAAUUCUACGGGAGUUUAGGAAAUGAAGCAAUUUGAGUAACCGCAAAAGUACUUCAUGCAGUACUUUGCACAUCAUAAAUGUUUUAAUGUAAAAAAAGACUGAAGAAGCAAAGCAGUGGAAUGUAGGACCAGAUCCAGGUAGGGAAACUGAGACUGAG